CCCCGGCCCCCCGCGCUCAGCCUGCCCGUGCCCGGCGCUCGCCCAGCAGUCGGGCGCGGAGGCGGGAAGGUAGCGGCAGCAGCAAUGGGCGGCGGCAGCAGCAGUAGCUGACACCGCCCCGGCAGCGGAGCGGAGCAAAGUUCCCGUCGCUGCAGCCGCAGCCGGGGAAAGUUUGCUCGGGCAGCAGCGGCGCGCGGCAGGCGCGAUGCCCGCCGUGAGCCUCCUGCCGCUGUUCGGCAGCGCGGCGGGCCCCGGCGGGCCCCUGGGCGGCGGCGGUGGCGCGGGCGGCGGCGGCGGCGGCGCGGGCGGCGGCGGCAGGAAGGCGGCGGGCCCCGGCGCGUUCCGCCUGACGGAGAAGUUCGUGCUGCUGCUGGUCUUCAGCGCCUUCAUCACCCUCUGCUUCGGGGCCAUCUUCUUCCUGCCCGACUCCUCCAAGCUGCUCAGCGGCGUCUUCUUCCACUCCGCCGCCCUGCAGCCGCCGCCGCCGCCCGGCUCGGAGCAGCGCGCCCCGCCGCAGCCCGGGGGCGGCAGCAGCGGGGCAGGGGCCAGCGAGGCGGCGGCGGCAGCCAACUUGGCCAAGAUCCGCGAGGACCACGAGCGCGCGCUGCGCGAAGCCAAGGAGACGCUGCAAAAGCUGCCCGAGGAGAUCCGCCGGGACAUCCGCCGGGACAAGGAGCGGCUGGCGCAGGACGCGCGGGGCAGUAGCGGCGGGAAGGAGGCGGGCGCCGCCGGGCUGCCCCCACGGCUCUUCCGCCAGCCCGUCGGGGCCGCGGGGCGCGAGCCGGCCGAGCCCGCUGUGCGCCGCCAGCGGGCCAAGAUCCGAGAGAUGAUGAAACAUGCCUGGGAUAAUUAUAAGCGUUAUGCCUGGGGAUUAAAUGAACUGAAACCCAUAUCUAAACAAGGACAUUCGAGCAAUUUAUUUGGUAACAUUCAAGGAGCAACAAUAGUAGAUGCCUUGGAUACGCUAUAUAUCAUGGAAAUGAAAGAUGAAUUCAAAGAAGCCAAAGAAUGGGUGGAAAAAAACUUAGAUUUCAAUGUGAAUGCUGAAAUUUCAGUUUUUGAAGUGAACAUUCGUUUUGUUGGUGGACUGCUUUCAGCAUACUACCUUUCUGGAGAAGAGAUAUUUCGCAAAAAAGCAGUGGAACUUGGAGAGAAAUUGCUUCCUGCAUUUAACACUCCCACUGGAAUACCUUGGGCAUUGCUUAAUAUUAAAAGUGGGAUUGGUCGAAAUUGGCCCUGGGCUUCUGGAGGAAGCAGUAUUCUGGCAGAAUUUGGAACUCUGCAUUUAGAAUUCAUACAUUUGAGCCAUUUGUCUGAAAACCCAAUUUUUGCUGAAAAGGUAAUGAACAUUCGAAAAGUUCUAAACCGACUAGAUAAACCAGAAGGACUUUACCCUAACUAUCUCAAUCCCAGCAGUGGUCAGUGGGGCCAGCAUCAUGUCUCCAUUGGAGGGCUUGGAGACAGUUUUUAUGAGUAUUUGCUCAAGGCAUGGCUGAUGUCAGACAAGACAGAUGAAGAAGGCAAGAAAAUGUAUUAUGAUGCUGUUCAGGCCAUAGAGACCCAUCUGAUCCGGAAAUCUAGCGGAGGUCUGACAUAUAUUGCUGAGUGGAAGGGUGGCCUGCUCGAGCACAAAAUGGGACAUCUGACUUGCUUUGCCGGAGGCAUGUUUGCACUGGGUGCAGAUGGAGCUCCUGCCGACAAAACAGGCCAUCAUAUUGAACUUGGUGCUGAGAUUGCCCGCACUUGUCAUGAGUCUUACGACCGCACAAGUAUGAAACUGGGGCCUGAAGCUUUCAGAUUUGAUGGGGGUGUUGAGGCCAUUGCAACAAGGCAAAAUGAGAAAUACUACAUUUUGCGACCUGAAGUUAUAGAGACCUACAUGUAUAUGUGGCGGUUCACUCACGAUCCAAAGUACCGGCAGUGGGGUUGGGAAGCCGUAGAGGCACUGGAACAAUAUUGCAGAGUAGACGGUGGCUAUUCUGGCAUUAGAGAUGUUUAUAGCAACCAUCAAAGCCAUGAUGAUGUGCAACAGAGUUUCUUCCUUUCAGAAACACUCAAGUACUUAUACUUGCUGUUUUCUGAAGAUGAUCUUCUUCCAUUUGAACACUGGGUCUUCAACACUGAGGCUCACCCUCUACCAGUUCUUCAUGGAGAUGAUGAGAAGAAGGAAGAAGAGGAGAAAUAAAAUAAUGUUUAAUUUUUAGGUUUUGCUUCAUUUCUUAUGUUUCUUUCCAAUACUUGGGCACAUGAUUUGGUUUUAAAUUCCUGAGUUAUUUUGAGUUUUUAAACCAACUGUUUUGCAGUCUGUUGUGUUUACUAGUAAAUAUUCAUAAAUGGACCUAAAUUCAUUACAGGAAGACAUUUAAUCUUAUUUAUCCAACCAAACCAUUUUUCUCAAGAAAAUCUGACAUCUCUAGAUUUCAUUAGGCUGCAGUGUCACCUUUGCCAAAAACAAUAGAAAAGUCUGCAUGUUACUUGUUUCCUAAUACCUUUUGAUUUGACUGCAAAAUUGUUUCCUCCUCUGUGAGGAGAUGUCUGCUUUAAGCUGUAAUAUUUUGCCAUGUUGCAAAAAGCCAUAUUGAAUUAAGUGUAAAAAGCUUUUUUCUUUUUUGUUCUGUGUUAAUUUGUUUUGUCUGUCUGUCAUCUGAGACAAAUCUUUUAACUGUGACAGCCUCUUCUUAUGCGGGUCUAUCAUUAAUUGGUAAAAUAUCUUCUGAAGUAUUUCAUUAUCAAUGAAGUUUACAUAGGAAUAUUUUCAUCUCUUGCAGACAUGAGUCCAUCUCAAACUGCAGUAUAGUUUGAAAUGAAUCUAAAUCAGUUUUACAUUAUAUUAGUGGACUGUUCCUCAUUUGUGAAAAAUCUCACCUCAGACUGUUUAAAGUAUUACGAACUGAAUUGUUUCCUUCUUUUUCUAAUUAGACUUGGAGUUCCAUAGUCGGUCUGGUAUGAUAAAAAUAAACAGUCUGCAAAACUAGCAUUGUUGUACUGUUAAAAAAGGGAAUCUUAUUUUGCUGUUUAUAGUCAUUUACUUAUUCAGGUCAUUUUCAUUUGACUGCACAUUGAAAAUAAAUGAACUGUUCAAUGAAAUUCUCUCUUAAAUUAGGCUGAGAAAUAUUGCAACCAGAGACUGAGACACUAUUUUAUUAAUCUUUUCAAACAUUCCAUUCAGUUUAGGCUAUGACCCGAUUGGCCGUAGUCAGCUGGAACAAAGUAGUUUAAUGUAGAUAGAACAGCGGGGCAGGAUAGCUCAGAGGAAAUUUCUCACCAUAAAAAUAAUAAAAAUAAUUAAAUUUCAUUAAGAGAUUUAAGAGAAGGAAAAGAACCGGGGGAAAAUUGUUACAUUUUGGAAGUAUUGGAUUGGUCUCCUUUUAGGGGGCUUAAAUUUAUAGAAAUACAAUGCAUUUAAAAGUAUUGUACGAGGAGAAGUUCACCAAAAAAGGUAACAGCCAUGCCAAACAUGUUACAUUUAAUGGCAUAAACAAAGGUGGAAAAAAUCAGGCAUAAUUCCUUCUGCUACUUAUAGUUUGUGAACAAUUUGCACAAGCAAUUCAUACAGUUUUCUAGGGACUGAGCAGUAUGUUCCAAGUAGAAUAAGACACCUGCUCCCAGCAUGAAAGAGAGCACCAGCAGUUGAUUUGAUUGCCCAACCACAAAUAUGGCUCAGAACAGUAACUUGAUUUUCAUUUAAAUAAAUGGCUGGGGUGGCUCAAAUGUCUGGCUUUGUUUAAGGACAUGUUUCAUAACAGUAAUGAAGUACAGCACUUAUUCCACAAAAGGCUGAUAUUUCUUUUCCAUUAGUGAAAGAAAGUGCUGAAGAAUGGUAUUUCAGGUAAAAACCAGGGACCAGGGUAACAUCCCACAUUUGGGGGCAAAAAUCCAUGUUCUUUUGUACCAGGGCAUGCAGAGAGGAGACAAAGAUGAAGAAUCCCUGAGCUUCCCCUUUUUGAGGUUGGGCAGGGAACUAAACCUCUGCAGCUUUAGACUGAACAGGGUCUGCACAAGUUGGGAUAUGGGGGGAAAUGUAUAACAGCACACAUGUGUCUGACUACUGCCCUGCCUGUCUUCUCUAAAUCAAUUUGGGACUCAGGAUUUGAACUGUUAUCUACAGUUGGUAAUAAUGUAUUGUUUCACUUACCAAAUACAGGUGGAAAGGCCAGUGUGAUACAAUUGGUAAAUUUGGGCACCUUGCUCAAAAUCCCAUGUUGAUAUGAAUAGCAAGACUCCUGAUAACUUUAGCAAGCUUGAGUCUGCAUAUUUUGAGCACAGUAUUUAUCAUUUAAGUUCCUUACAUAACACAUUAAUGCAAGAGAUUUGUAAAAGGAAUAUAGGCCUAUCUAAUUUUCACACAAACUAAACUCUUCUACGUCCCUACAAACAUUUUGCAAUAUUUUUUAUUGUUCUUAGUCUGGAUAUAUCUUGUUCUAUUUAUCACAUAAUUUUGUGUGCGUGUUGCUGUGGGUUUCAUUUCUGUUGAUCACAAGUAAUCCAAUAGAAUCUGAGAAAUGUUUUGUAAACUUGGCUUUUACAUUUUGGGGUUUUUUUGAGCAGUGUCCACUUCUCCCAGAUGUGUUUGGUUCUCCUGUACUCCCAUAGUGAGCUUGGGACAGGAAAGGAGAAACAUGCCAUACAUGUUUUUUACUCCAAAAAUUAAAUAAGUAAAUAAAAUGUAAAGAAUGGAAAGAACUGUUGUAUAAAUGGGGUUCUUCAUAUUAAGAUAUUUAAAUUUCACACUGAUUUCUUUGGAAGUGUGGAAAAUUAUUUUGGGGGGUUGGAAGUUAAGAUUUGAAAGAGCACAAAUGAUGUGUGAUUCUGUAACUGAUAUGGUAUUCAGGUUGUAUGUACAAACUGCACUAUACUGUACUUUUUGUAAACUAAUGUAAGUAGACAAGAAGAUUGUACAACAUGUAGAUCUGCCAACUGUAAGAAAAACCCUUUUUGUAAGUUAAAAAGUAUUGAUUUUUUAAAGGAAUCCCAAAACACCAAAGUGUGAAACAUUAUAGUGAUCAUCAUUUUAAACUGUCAGCAUUUAUCAACAGUUGCCACGUGGGUGAAAUGGAGAUAUUGGUGUAUUUCCCAUAUGUUUAGAAUAUGAAAUCAACUGCAUGGUCUUGCUGACUUCAUGAUGACCACUGUAUAUGUAACCGGUAAUUCAUAAGGCCAGAGAAAUUAAUUUUGAAGAAGAUGUAAGCAGUGUUUCCAAUUUCCAUGAAAGACGUUGCGUAAACUUCAUUUCUUUUUAGCAUGUAACAAUACAGUUAAGUUUACAUACAAUAAAUCCUAAAAGGUGAAUAAUUUUAAAUGGCAUUUAAUUUAAAUUUCAUGAAAAACAAUUGUUUUGAUAGUUUGUGAAAUGAAUAUUGCAUAAUGUGUAUGUUAUAUGACAACUCUACAAAAUCCAAUGACUCACUGUUUCUAUAGUGACUUCAUCAUACGUAUUAUCCAUUUCUGUCCAUUAAAAUUGUUUUUGAUUUUGUACAUAUUCCAUUUAGUCUUUUUCACCUUUAUAUGAAUAUCUAAACUUAUGGGGUACAUAAUAGAUCAAGAUGCUUAAUUUUUAAGAACUAUAUUUGUAAACAUUUCUCUAUUGUGAAUAAAGUCUUUUAAUAUA